AUUCAAGCCAGUCUCCAAACCAAACUACUGUAAUUAACACCGUGCAAAUGUACGUAGGCUGCUGCUUGAUGGAGGGAUGAGAAGAAGAAACAGGCCGCAACAAUGGGCACGAAAACAUGGCGCUCAUGACGAUUCAAUAUGUAAAGAGAAAGAUGAUGGAGGAAAAGAAACGAACUGAUUCAGGACCAAAACAGUUUGAGAGACAUGUAACUCACUGAUUCUGUUAAAAAACAUGAUCAAAAUCCAACCAGACUCAAAACAUAAGAUUUGAGCCUCUUGUGAAAUAACAGGGGAUGAACACAAAAAGAUAUGGUCAUCAUUUUCUUGUGCUGUUGAGAGGGUAUUUACAGCAGUAACAUGGACAUGUACUAUAGUUUUACUUUUGAUCAUCUGAGAAACACAAAAUGCAGAUUUCCAGCUGUAACUGUUCAUUUGGCCAUUUGUGAGGUACAAACAGAUAAAAUCCAUGUGGAUUACUGGUGUAUGGUGGCAGCAAACCGGAGCAGGGGAACCGGGCUGUAGGAGAACGACACAGACCUGAAGACGUUCUCCAGGGUCUCUGGGAGCAGGUGGCUGUGGGCUGCAGCGGCGGCAGAAAGCGGUGCGGAUCCCGUUGUUUGCCUAUCUCGGGAGGGGGACCGGAUAAUCCAGUCGGACCUUCAGUGGAGCCGUUCUCCCACAUCUACCCUCUCAGAGCAAAGGCAUUCCUACAUUCCCAGCGGAGACUGUGAUUUACCCACCACAGGUGACCUGUAACUGGUUGGAGGGACGGAGAAGAGGAGAACAAAUGGAAAGGGAGCAGAGAGAAAGAGGAUGAGAGAGAGAGAGAGCGGGCCCCAAGAGGUUUCUCGUGCACAGUGGCAGCCCCUUCUUCUGCCAGCUUUUGAUUUGAAAAGGAUAAAGAGGACUUCGGCUAAAGAAGGCCAACAGGAUUUUGACUUCAGUGUGUUUCCCUGUAGUGGUAGUCCUCCCUUUUAUUCUCAGUAGGAGUAGUCAUGACAGUAUUCUGACCACAGAAACACAUCCUUUUCAUCCCUGCCUCUAUAAAGCCAAUUGCUGCUUCUUACCUGAUAACAGUCCUUUGCCAUGGAGAAGACGUACUCACUAACAGCCCACUAUGAUGAGUUCCAGGAAGUAAAAUAUGGCGGUCGUUACAGCAGCGAUAUCCUGAGCAAUGGCAUGACCCUUCACCUGGGUGGGAGCCUGGACCGUCAUAUGGGCCGAGGCAGGGGAGGGACCUGGCCUAACACUCGAAACAGAGAUCUAAGCAGCACCAGCAGCAGUGGUGGGCUUCCUCGAUGGAGCCGGAGGGAGAUCUGCCUUCUCUCUGCACUGGUCUUUGCUGCGGGCAUGUGCGUCAUCUUGGGCAGUAUGCUGGCACUCAAAUACAUUUCCCUGGAUGCCCAACAGGACCCACAGUGCCGACAGGACUGCCAACGCAAACGAUCUCUGCUGCGGGCGGCUCGCUUCGUUCAGGCCAAUAUUGAUCCAACCAUCCAGCCCUGCCAGGACUUCUACUCCUUUGCCUGUGGCGGCUGGCUCAGACGCCAUGGCAUCCCUGAGGACAAGCUGAGCUAUGGCAUCAUCACUGCUAUAGGAGAGCACAAUGAGGAGAAACUACAGCGCCUCCUGCUGGAGCCGAUACAGAGGCGUGGGCCCAAGUCGGCAGAGCGCAAGGUCAAAGAGUUCUAUCGAUCCUGUGUCAACAUCCAGGAAAUUGACAAGCUGGGCUCUGACCCCAUGACAGAGGUGAUAGACAGCUGUGGGGGUUGGGACCUAGCUGGGGCUCCACCCGGUGCUGCUGGGUGGGAGAGAGAGGGCGCCCCACAAAGACCAGAUUUCAAUGAGCUGCUGUACAGGACCCAGGGUUUGUACAGUACCGCUGUCUUCUUCUCCCUCACUGUCAAUGUGGAUGAUAAAAACUCCUCCAGGAAUGCUAUCAGGAUUGAUCAAGAGGGGCUCACGCUCCCUGAGAGAAGCCUCUACCUCGGACAGGAUGAGGACAGUGUGAAGAUCCUGGCAGCGUACAAGGCCCUGAUGGAGCGCUUGCUGAGCAUGCUGGGAGCUCACAAUGCCACGCAGAAAUCCAAGGAAAUUAUACAGCUGGAGACGUGUCUGGCCAAUAUCACUGUGUCAGAAUAUGAUGACCAAAGAAAGGACAUCAGCACCAUGUAUAACCGCAUCACCCUCAAGCAGCUGCAGCGCAUCGCUCCUAGUCUUCACUGGAAACGUUUGCUGGACAGAAUCUUCCAUGACAACUUCUCAGAAGACGAAGAGAUUGUGGUGCUCGCCACUGACUACAUACAGAAAGUCUCAGACAUCAUCAAGACCACAUCGAAGAGGGUUCUUCAUAACUACAUGCUGUGGCGCAUUGUGGCAGCACUAAGUGAACACUUGUCCACUGCCUUCCGCAGCACCAUCCACGAGUUUUCUCGGGAGAUAGACGGUACCGAACAGCAGCUGGAGCUGGGCAGGCUCUGCCUCACUCAGGCCAACAAACACUUUGGCAUGGCCCUGGGAGCUUUGUUUGUCCAGCAGCACUUCUCGUCACAGAGCAAAGCAAAGGUACAGGAGCUGGUGGAGGACAUAAAGCACUCCCUGGACCUCCGGCUGCAGGAGCUAGACUGGAUGGAUGAAGCCACCAAGGAGGCAGCCAGAGCAAAGCUGAAGUACAUGAUGGUGAUGACAGGAUACCCAGAUUUCCUACUCAAACCUGAGCUCAUAGAUCAAGAAUAUGGGUUUGAUGUGGAUGAGAAGACCUACUUCAAGAACAUCCUAAACAGUAUCAAGUUCAACAUCAAGUUGUCUGUCAAGAAGAUCCAUGAAGAGGUGGACAAGACGGCGUGGCUUCUCCCCCCUCAGGCCCUUAAUGCCUACUACCUCCCUAACAAGAAUCAAAUGGUCUUUCCUGCCGGGAUACUUCAGCCCACUCUCUACAACCCUGAGUUCCCACAGUCUCUGAACUACGGCGGAAUAGGAGCUAUCAUUGGCCAUGAGCUAACACAUGGAUAUGAUGACUGGGGGGGUCAGUACGACCGGCAUGGCAACCUCAAACAGUGGUGGACAGAGGAGUCCUACAGAAAGUUCCAGAGGAAGGCUGAAUGUAUCGUCAAGCUCUAUGAUAACUUCACAGUUUACAACCAGAGGGUAAAUGGUCGCCUGACACUGGGGGAGAACAUAGCAGACAUGGGAGGGCUAAAGCUGUCAUACUAUGCGUACCAGAAGUGGGUGAGGGAGCAUGGUCCAGAGAGGCCCCUGCCUGGGCUCAAAUACACUCAUGAACAGCUGCUCUUCAUUGCCUUUGCACAGAACUGGUGUAUGAAGAGAAGAUCUCAGUCCAUCUACCUGCAGCUCCUGACUGACAAACACGCACCAGAGCACUACAGAGUGAUCGGCAGUGUUUCCCAGUUUGAUGAGUUUGCCCGUGUUUUCCAUUGUCCAAAGGGUUCCCCAAUGAACCCUGCGGACAAAUGUUCUGUAUGGUGACCUCGCCGCCCAGCCUGCUAACCGACCCACCUGCGCCGACAUGAUGAGUGCAUAAAGCUGAUUCAACAUAAAGAACACAGGAAUUAAAUUCUUUUCUGCUUAACAUGUUAUCAGAAACAUCUACAGGUAUUUGUCUGAACCAACCAAAUUAAGCAUGGGUCACAGUACAGUGGUCAUGUACAUAUACUACUUGAUUAUAUGUUUAAAUUUAUUUUCAAAUCAUCUAUUUUUAUAUUUUAGCAGAUGUAUCACAUACAUUAUGUGUAGGAAUCAAAAGCUGUAUGGUUUUUAAUUAAGCACUUAUUCUUUGUAGCAUCAACUAGAAAAACAUAAGCUUAUCAGAAGAUUAAAAAUUAAAUGUAAACUGGACAAGGACCAAUUUGAAAUGAACUGGGAUCAGUAGCAUCCUUGUGCCUGCCAAAACGCCCUUCUUUCAAUUUGGAGUAGCUGUGUGUCACAGUGCUGCGCUCUGGUGGCCGUAGAGAGCCAUGGUCACUGCUCAGCUGUCAUGACUGUCGUCCUGUUUGCCUGUAUUGGAUUCUUGUUACUGUGAGUGUUUGUACUUUUUUUUUGUCAACUUAAAUAGAAGAUGGACUCACAGUGGAUGUUUUCCUCAGGAUAUGUAGCAAAGUGCAGCACCAAACAGGAUCUUUGUUUCUACCCACAUCAAACUCUUCGGCCUUUGGGGGGGGUAGUUAUUCACUGCAUGGACAAUGGCUUAUCCCUACU